GAUUGGCUAAGCGUCCGGAAGUGGGACUGCGCGAGGGCGCAGGCGCAGUAAGUGCCGCGUAGAUUGGGCGGGAGUGACGGUUGGAAGACGGGCUGAGCGGCUGAGCAGCAGCCAAAAUGACCACCAGCCAGAAGCACCGGGACUUUGUGGCGGAGCCUAUGGGUGAGAAGUCUGUCGGCACUCUGGCUGGCAUCGGAGAGGUGCUUGGCAAGAAGCUGGAAGACAAAGGCUUUGAUAAGGCUUAUGUGGUGCUUGGGCAGUUCCUGGUGCUGAAAAAGGAUGAAGACCUCUUCCGUGAGUGGCUGAAAGAUACAUGUGGUGCCAACGCCAAGCAAUCCAGAGACUGUUACGGCUGCCUGAGGGAAUGGUGCGAUGCCUUCUUGUGAAUGCUCUUGCUCAGAACCUCAGUGGAUGCUGUUGGGGCUUUUGUAGUUAGCUAGAGGUUGAAUCUUUUUCCCUUCCCCACUGUUUCUUCCUUGUGAAACUGCCAGCAUCUAAAAUGUAUCCCUGGGACGGUCACUCCUAAUGCCAGAGAAUUAUUUUUGUUACCACAGUCUUUUAAUCAAACAUCUUUUCCUCCAGAGAGGGAGUUUAAAAGGGGGGGGCGGAGGGGGGGAAUGUUCUGUUUUAAGGCUUUGUAGAAUUGGAUCUCCUUUGCGUGGCUUCGAUAAAUUCCCUUUUGCUAUCAGGCCAGCUAACCAUUGAAGCCUUAUCUGCCUGUUGAUUAAAGGGAGGCACUUUUUCAUCUAUAAUUGGUCCGAGGAUUAACUGUUUUGUGAAGUACUGUGUGGAUUUAAAAGAGAAACAACAUCAUUUGCAAACAGUAUUUGAUCCUCCCCUCUAACUUUUAAUCCACUUGUUUAAAUGUUCGGAACAAAAAUCACUGUAAAGUUUUUAAACAAUAAAAAUGAGCUGUGUUGA